AUGAACUAUCACACUUACAACAAAACCAACGAUUUCAACGAUAAUUGCAUUAAUUCAAAGCUACUCGAUAAUGAAUACCUUUUAACAUAUGUCGCCGUUCGAUACUGUCUGCCAACGACCUACGUCCUAUCAACAAUCCUCUCCACGUCUGGUAACUUAUUUUGGAUCAUUUUUCUGUUGAAAUCACAGAAGUGUAGCAAAUCGUCCAACCUUUUAUUGAUCAUGAACCUCGCAGUUUGUGACUUCAUCAAAUCAGUGGUGGUUGGACCUUUGAGAGCCUUCGAACUUCUCCUGAUGAAGUUUCACGAUUAUGAAAACAUUGAAAUCAACUGCUGCAGGUUUUUAAACUUCAUCUCGUUAUAUUUAACGCUCGUUGGCUUCCACAGUGUGCUGGCCAUCAGUCAGGAGAGGUUGGUUUUGAUUUGUUACCCCUUCCUAGCUCGAAAGUGGUGCAGCCGAAAUGUGACUUUGAUGGUGAUAUCAUUCAUAUGGACGAGUUCCUUCGUAGUUUCACUUCCAUUCUCCUUAUUAUAUUCAAGAACAAAAACAAUUAUUCCCGCUUGCGAUAAAGUCUUUAUUAUAUGUUCCAUAAUAUUUUUCCAUUCCGAUGAGGCUAAGAGUGCGAAGGCUUACAUAUUCGUCAUCACAAUCUUCUACUGCAUCAUCCCGGUUGUAAUUGUUUCCAUAUCUUAUGCGAAAAUUGUUCUCAGCUUGAACAAAACGAUAGAAAGUUUGAGAUGUAACGUUAGUGAUGCUAACAAAAUUUCAGAGAAAACACUUGCAUUAAAAAAAAUAAAUAAACCAAAGUUGUUUGGAAGUUCGGCAUCACCGCACAAGAUAGCCAGCAAGAAAACAGCAGCCGACAAUGAACCUGGCUCUAAAGUUUCCUGCCCUCGUAGAGAAGAAAAUUCACUGCGAACUGCGAACAGCUUGAAAAUAAUGAAAGGACGUCAAACACUUGCACGCAUGAUGAUUGUGGUGGCCGUCUGUUUCAUCAUCUUCCAAGGACCCAUGAUCAUCAUGUACAUGUGUUUGAGUUGUGGCUACAAAAUCGAAAGUAAUGCGGCUUUUACGUUGAUAUUAUUGAAGUGGUUUCAAUUAGUAAGCUCCAUGAUUAAUCCGUUCGUCUAUUCAACCGGUCGAAAUGUUUUUAAAAAGCAUUAG